AACGGGACAAGGAGACCGCUUGCUUGUUACCGUCAUGGGGUAAUAUCAAUUACCAACCACAACAAGACGAGUUUUAAAUAGUGCAUGUCGCCUAAUGGGUCGUCGUUGUUGUCAUUAUAUCAACAUAAUGACAAAUUGAUUAGUGAGUGUUCCAGCUCGUCUGCUAAAUUCAAGUUAUGAGUUCAAAAGUUUUUUUCGCUAUCGUUUGCCUCACAUCCGUCCACCUGGCAAGUGAGACAGUUGCAGCUGCGUCAGAGUCACGCACUUUCUCCAUUGACUACAAGAACAACUGCUUUCUGAAAGAUGGAAAGCCCUUCCAGUACGUCUCUGGAAGCAUCCACUACUCUCGCAUCCCACCGUACUACUGGAAGGAUCGACUCCUCAAGAUGUACAUGACUGGACUGAACGCCAUUCAAGUCUACGUACCCUGGAACUUCCACGAGCCGGUGCAGGGUGUAUACAACUUCGAAGGGGAUCGGGACCUGGAGCACUUCCUGGGCCUGGCCAAUGAGACGGGCCUGCUGGUCAUCCUGCGUCCUGGGCCGUACAUCUGCGCCGAGUGGGAGAUGGGUGGGCUGCCUGCGUGGCUGCUGGAGAAGCCAAACAUCAUUCUGCGGUCAGCUGAUACAGACUACUUGCAGGCCGUGAGCAGCUGGUUCGCCAUGCUGCUUCCCAGGAUGGAGCGGUGGCUGUACAGCCGAGGAGGCAACAUCAUCUCUGUGCAGGUGGAGAACGAGUACGGAAGCUACUUCGCCUGCGACUACAACUACCUGCGGCACCUGCGCACGCUCUUCCAGAGCUUUCUGGGCGAGGACACGGUUCUCUUCACCACCGACGGGAACACGGACCGCGAGAUGGUCUGCGGAACCCUGCAGGGCCUCUACGCCACCAUCGACUUCGGCACAGACACCAACAUCAGCACUGCCUUCAGUCGCCAGAGGAGGUUUGAACCCAGAGGUCCGCUGGUGAACUCUGAGUUCUACACGGGCUGGCUGGACCACUGGGGUGACCGGCACGCCUCUGUGGACGGCCAGAAGGUCAGCAAGAUGCUCGGGGAGAUGCUCGCCAUGGGGGCCAACGUCAACAUGUACAUGUUUGAAGGAGGAACAAACUUUGGCUACUGGAACGGUGCGGACCAUGACUCCAGGUACCGCUCAGUGGUGACGAGUUACGACUACAACGCCCCUCUGAACGAAGCAGGAGACCCCACGGAGAAGCUCAUGAUCAUCAGAGACGUCAUCAGUAAGUUCCGGACGGUUCCUGAGGGUCCCAUGCCUCCAGCCACGCCCAAGAUGGAGUACGGCUUUGUGACGCUUCAGAGGGUGGGGAACACCAGCGGCCUGCUGGAUAUCUUGACCCCUCAGGGCCCCGUGGAGUCCCUGCACCCCCUCACCUUUGAGGAGCUCAAACACUUUUAUGGAUUUGUGCUGUAUCGGACCAAGCUGCCCAGGGGCAUUCCGGAAGGCCAGCCUCUCAUCUCGCCUCUGAAUGGCAUCCACGACCGCGCCUACGUCUCUGUCAACGGGGUGUACCAGGGCCUGCUGCAGCGGGACACGGAGCUGGUGAUGAACGUGACGGGUCAGGAGGGGGACCUGCUGGACGUCCUGGUGGAGAACAUGGGCCGGGUCAACUUCGGCAGCAAGAUCCACGACAACAAGGGCAUCCUGGGUGAGCUCAUCCUGGGAAGGAACGUGCUCACCGAUUGGCUGAUCUACCCCCUGGACAUCGACGGCGCCGUCUCCAGCGGUUGGCCCCACUCGGGGCUCCGAGGCUGGCCACGCCCCCCAGAGACGGGACAGGCCAAUGGGACGGGACCCACCGUCUACAUGGGCACUCUGCCGCCCAAUGGCCUCGCUUGGGACACCUACCUCAAACUCACCGGCUGGACCAAGGGUCAGGUGUGGAUUAACGGGGUGAAUCUGGGCCGGUAUUGGCCAGCGUGUGGCCCGCAGCAGACGCUGUACGUGCCAGGCCCGCUGCUCAGCCCGUCCCGACCCAACAACAUCACGGUGCUGGAGCUGGAGGCUGCGCCCACACACACACGAGUGCUCUUCAUGGACCGCCCGCAGCUCAGCACCACACCUGGGAAACCAUGAACACACACACACACACACACACACGAGUGCUCUUCAUGGACCGCCCCCAGCUCAGCACCACACCCGGGAAACCAUGAACACACACACACACACACACACACACACACACACCCGCGAGUGCUCUUCAUGGACCGCCCGCAGCUCAGCACCACACCUGGGAAACCGUGAACACACACACACACACACACACACACACACACACACACACACCCGCGAGUGCUCUUCAUGGACCGCCCCCAGCUCAGCACCACACCCGGGAAACCAUGAACACACACACACACACACACACCCGCGAGUACUCUUCAUGGACCACCCACAACUUUUCGCCACACACUCUUUUCAUGGACCACUCACAACUUGCCAUAGAGGUGCCCUAGCCACCAUGCCAUAAAAGACACACACACACACACACACUGCUGCUGCUGCUGCACGACUGAUCAUUCAGCAUGUUUGCUUCCCUACCUGACCGCAGGUAGAGGGGGAAGUUAUUAGCCAAUCAUCUCCUUCCGUAGAUCUUAGCCAAUCAUCAUCACACACACACACACACACACACAUGUGCCACCACGGUGGCCACUCAUGAAGCUAGAGAGCAGACACACACAGGGUGCCUCUCAUUCAGCGUUUAUACGUCCUCCCUCGCUCCUCGGGCCUCCUCACUGAUCCACAUAAAGAAUGAUGGGGCGAAAACAAUGGGAUAGUCUAGUUAGCUAGUUAGUUAUAGAUCAGUGGGAACGCCCCUCAAGGAUCGAGCAUCGAGGAGGCAUGUUGAGAAGCUCCUUAAAUGCCAUAUCAGCAUAUACGUGUUUUAGUGGAGUGCUUUAGUAGUGCAGGAGUGUGUGUGAUCGCAUUGCACUGUCAUGGCCGACCUCUCACCCAACAUAACGCACAGUCCACAGAGUGGACAACAAAGGGUUCAGAUGCAAAAGCCUCUAAAUCCGUCUGACCACUUUUCUUUUAAAUGAGCAUUUUGUAUAGGCUCCUAUAGGGUUUCGCCUACAAAUCAAUAUUUCAGACCAGGUAGAGAAUAGCAUUUAGUGAGUUUUAAAGCAAUAUUAUUUAAUCAAUUCACACUAUAUGUGAAGAGCAUUCACUCACCAUCAUUAUCUUAUUUUUGACAAAAGUGGCUUUUAGAGGCUUUUGCAUCUAAACUCUUCAGUGAUGAACUGCAGUAACAACCCGUCAGAUAAUGCGAUCCUUAUUUGAGGUCCUUCUAUACAACUUAAGCCUAACUUACACUGACAGACUUUGACAAGAUUUGGGAAAGAUUGUUGAAAGACUGUAGUCUUUUAAUAAAUGCCUCAUUCAAGCUUUACUCAAAAGACUACAAUCUUUCAAAAAUCUUUCCCAAAUCUUGUCAAAGUCUGUCAGUGUAAGGUACUGUAGGCUUUAGCUGAUCAAACUGCAACCUUGUUUUCUGAUUAUCAGGAAUCUGAGUCAAUUGAGGAUGCUGUGCUCAAUAUUUCAUUUAUUUUUUUGGUUAUUUUCAUCUCUCUGUAGCAAAUCCAUCCAGACACAUUUCAAGCAGCUGUACACAAUUAAUGUAAACAUUGUUAGAGACCGACUGAAGGGGGGGGGGUUCAUUUCUCAAAGCAGAAUCUGUGGGCGCUACACCCCGCCAAUCAUAUAUCUGUAUCUGUGCUCCCCACACUGAGGAUGUCCAGGGCUGAUGACCAAAACACUGAGGUCACUGACACACACAGACACAGACACACACACACACACGUACAUUGCUUUGUGAGAUACCGCUCAGAGGUAAACAGUAAGUCACUGGUUGACUGCUGUUAUAUGGCACUAUACUCAUAUACUCAACUCCACUACCACCACAGUCACGGACACAGGCUCUUAUUGCCAUGUCCCUCAACAUUGUGGCUGAAAGAGACCGUUGCUGGGAAACUCAGUGAGAUCUAGAGAUGGACAACAGCACCGCAUAAGGAGUAUGGUGAGGUAUGGAGACGCACGUCAGGCCGAUGUGCUAGGAACUCUCACUGAGAUACAGGAAGUGAGGUCAUCGUUCUGGAACUCUGCUGUUCAGCUGUUGUGAUCAUGAACAUGAUGUUGUUUGCUGUGCUUCUCCUCAUUUCAUAUAAAAGAGUUAUGAUUCUGUAAAUAUGUUGUUAAUUUGAGAUAAAAUUAAACAGAUUUUUCAAUAA